AUGGCUAACGGAUACUCUCGGUUCCCCGGCGAAUUCAACGCUAUUCCCAAGAGCCGGAAUAGAUCACAGACAACUGUCGGCCUGCCGCCAACACUCUCGCCCCAGAAGAAACGCGCUUCCUCAUUCUAUCCUCCUCCUCGCGGCUCCGACUUCCCAGACGAGACGAAUCCUGACCCUUUCUACCUUGAACAUUCCCUAACCAGCACCGGCAGCUGGGGAUCUUGCCAACAGGGCUUCCGUGAUGCGAGGUCUGGCGACGAGGUUGAACGAUACUUUAUGCUAUCCGUGGUGAAACCUCCUGCAGAGCUUCCAGUUCCAAGCGUCGCGCCUCGAACCAUCAGAUCCCAAGCAAACAUUGACCGGUCAACACUAUCUGUGGUAGAGAUUGAGCAUCAACUGGGCCUGCAGCAGAUUGGCGCCCAGCCGUGGGCAGACACUCAUACUACAGAAACCACACCGGACUUGACACCCAGCAGCUCCUUCUCUUCCAACUACUCCGCUCCGAUAUAUCCAGACACUGUCGUAAAAGCUACCGAGCAACUGUCUCUCAUUUCCAAACACGCACAAGAAAGCCCUGUCAUUCCCACGUUUCCAUACUGGUCCACACCUCUGAAUCGAUCCCAAGCAACACUACUCCCUACCGAGCCCUCAUCGCCAGUUCGAGACUCCAAACCCCAGCGUGUGUUACCGAACGCAUCUUCGGAAACACUUACCAUGCCUGCAAGAAAUCAGGAAGCUUUACCCCUGCGGGUAAAGCCACUUCCAUCUCUUCCAGCCGUUCCACGUCCUUCUACUUCACACCCGACCAAGAAGCAGCCACCUAGCCGGCUAGUCAUUGAGCCGUCCAUGAUCUCUCCUCCAAGUCUCAUUAACCCUGUAACGCUCGAGCCACAUCGGUCACACUUUGAUCAAGCUCUAUUCAUUCCGGCCAAUGAGUGCCCCAGCCCAGUGCCCAGUCCAGGACCACCGUCGCCUUCAGUCGACCGGCCGCCACCAACAGCACCACCGUCAAUGCGGGAGAGGCCCUCGACAUCCACAUCGGAAAUGCAUCCUGAACAGUCGGUCUGGGAAUCAGAUUCGGACGGCGAAGACACGCCCCUCUCUCGAAAGCCUAUUGAUACCUUGAAAAAAGUCCGCAGCCGGGUUCAGCUUCGAGUCGCCAAGUCGACGCCGAAGCUGCAGACUACCACAGCGCAUGGCAAUAACAACACAGCGCUAGAAAAGUUCCCAACAAUGCCAGACCCUUAUCCACAGGAGCAGCAAUAUGCUAGCCCAUUAAAGACCGCCAUCCAAGCUCGAGCUGGGAGAGAUAUCUUACGCCCAACUGCACACCAGACUCUUCGCCUCGUCGCACCUUCGACUACUUCAUUGGUUCAUCCUAGAUCCCGUCGGAACAGCGCCAAAUCGCAGAACUAUGGCAUUGACCGAUCAACAGCUGCUGCGGCCAUCCAGGCCAAGUCCCGCCGUCGUCAGCGCUCCUCUAGUCCCGAAACUUCCCUGUCCGCGGAGCGGGAGAAGAUGUGCACAUUCUGCCGCGAAGAGCGCUCUGACAGGACCAUUCAUCACAGCCUAACCCUCGCUCGCCCGCCCUUAUACAAACGUGUCUGGGAGUCUCUGCGAGUACUUGGCUGCCACGGUGAUAUUGCAUCUCCUCGACCGCGAAAAGCUAUGUAA